CUCUUUUCACCCUUUUAUUUAUUUAUUUAUCUUCAAGGAUUGAGAAAAAAGGCUAGAAAUAGCCAUUUUCUAGAGAAAGAGAGAUUAAGGACAAGAUAGACCAAGCGAGUUGUAGAGCAAGUAGAGUAGCAUGGAGAUCUCCAAGAUCACGUCCCCUCAAGAAUGGACUUACUUCGCUAAGGGGAACGCCAAUAUACUUUUCAAAUACGUUGGACCACAUGACUAUCUUAAACACAAGUUGUUACGGGUUCGAUUAUUGAAGGAAGAGGAAGAAUAUAUUUCAACUUGUGAACUUUAUGAUUUCAUAGAAUUAAAGUGUAAACCACUUUUCCCCCAUCAAAUCAUUGACAUUCAACUUGUAGUAUUGACCAUGGAUUUUGUGACGCAACUCGAUAGCCAUGGCAAUAAGAUCAUGUUAAAGGAAAGAUAUGGUUUACUUCUCCCUAAUAUCCUAGAUGGGAAUUAUGAGAAACAUUUUCUUUCAAAACAUUGUCAAUUAUACACUGGGUGUACCAAUAAUAUCAAAACUAAUAAUAAUCUUAAUAAGACUAAAACUACACACGAUACAAGUCAGAUUGAUUCAGUGAUAUUUGAAAUUAAACCAAAAUGGUUAUAUGAUAAUACAUCAUCCAAUUAUUGUAGAACAUGUCUGUUGAAUCAACAUCGGAAUCAAACAAGACAUUUUUGUCCAUUGGAUUUGUUAUAUCCAGAUACAUUGGAAAGAGGAUUGGAGGAUAUAUUCCAACUUAUUCCAACCAAGACAAUGAGUGAAAUAGAACAAGACAGUAAAUUCCCCAUUAAAAGUCUUUUCAGAAUAUUUUUAAGCAAUCCUGAGAAUGUGUUUCAGAAAUUAAAACAAUAUCAACGAAUUGCUAAUAAGAAUGAUUUAAUUAAGAAUUUGGGAUCAGCUGCAGAUGUUCUGCAUAACCUUCUGCUUGUGAUGACAUUGAGAGAUGUAGGAUUGUUUAUCAAGUUUGAAAAAUAUAAUCGAGAUAACAAUAUCCAUAACUCACACAAUAAUGUUCACAAUUUGAUAGAUGUGGAAGGUCAUGGCAAGUUUCUACUCACAUGUAAUAUAUAUGAUCUAGACCUCAAAUCAAAGAUGAAGUAUCGACACUGGUUUGAGGUAGAGCAACAAUUGCAAGGAAUAUAUGGGUCUAUUAAUGAAGAAUGGAGAUUUUGCACCAAGAGAGAUAUAAAGAACAAUUUAGAAAAAUAGGCCAUGAACAGAUGUUACAAGUAUCUGACUACUUUAUAGAACACCC